AAAAAUCACAUAAUAUAUUCUCGAUUCCCGUUUUGCCCUUGGCAUUUCCUAAAAUUUCCAUUCCUUAUAAACAAAUAAAAAUACUCUCUCAUAUCCCUCUUUCCCCUUCUUUCCUCUUUCUCUCUCUCUCUCUAGAUUUCUCCCUUUCUCUCUCUUCGUCGUUUCGAGUCGAGAGCAAUAAAGAAAGCCGAGAGCUCAAUGGCCGAGCAAGAUGCCGAGGAGACUAGCGCCGCCGCCGCCGCCACAACUCCAACAAGCCACCACCAAUCGAUCCCGACAGGUUUGACUCAGGACGAGUUCGAGGAGUUGAAACGAUUCGUUACCGAGUUCCAUACCUACCAAGUAGGGCGGGGCCAUUGCUCCUCGCUACUGGCGCAGCGAAUCCAAGCACCGCCGGACGUAGUUUGGUCAGUAGUACGGCGAUUCGACAAGCCACAGACUUACAAGCACUUCAUCAAGAGUUGCGUUGUCAAGGAAGGGUUUCAAAUGACGGUUGGUGCCACCAGGGAUGUAAAUGUAAUUUCAGGUUUACCGGCCGCUACUAGCACGGAGAUACUCGAUAUGCUCGACGAAGAGCGGCGCGUGACUGGAUUUAGCAUCAUCGGCGGCGAACACAGGCUGAGAAAUUACAGGUCCGUUACGACGGUCCACGGAUUCGAGCGCGAUGAUAAGAUCUGGACCGUUGUUUUGGAAUCGUACCGAGUGGAUGUGCCGGAAGGGAACACGGAGGAGGAUACGCGUCUCUUCGCCGAUACUGUCGUGAAGCUCAAUCUCCAGAAACUCGCGUCGGUCACCGAAGGAUUGGCGCGUGAGCCAUGACUGUGACGGUGGCAAAAUAAUUGUUCGAACUUUAUAAGUUAGAAACAAAAAAUAUUUUUGAAGAUUUACUAGUAAUAUUAAAUAACUAUAAGAUAAACUAGUUCGUGAAUAUCAAAAGAGCAUUGCUGUUGGUCACCUUGUUUAGCAUUUUUUAUAGGUGGUGUUCCUUAACUAGUUAGCAAUAUUUUUUAUAAUUAUUUUUUUUUAAGUUAUAUGAUUUCGAUACUUAAUUAUACUAAGAGUAUUGUUAUUAAGCACCAGUGGUGUUUAGUACUUUUUAAACGUGUCGCUUUACGAUUGGUUAGCGAUACUCUCUAAAAUCUAUUAUUAAAACUAUUUGGGACUCAAUUUUUGAUUGCACCAAUAACAAUAUUGACACGUAGGAAGAUAUUAGGUAUUACUGAUGCCUUUUAGCAUUUCUCUUAUACUAAUAGCAAAAGAGUGAUUCUAAUAUCAAAAUAGAUAGUGAGUUUAUGGAAAUGUUCCAAUUAAGCCUUUUACGGAGGUGUAACGCAUAUUUUUUCAAUAAAAUAUUACUGAAACAGUAACUUAUAAAAUAAUCUAAAGAGUAAUGAGUAACUUAUGAUAAAGAAAGUUGAACAGGAAGCUAGCAGCAUUUUCAUUUGUGGAAUAAAAACACCAAUCUUAAGCUACUUGUAGUUCCUAUGCCCUAUUUUACUUUCUUUAUGGCAAAUAAGUGCUGAGUGAGAUUUUUUUAUUUAUUUUUUUUUU